GAAGAAGAAGAAGAAGAAGAAGAAGAAGGAGAAGAAGGAGAAGGAGGAAAGAGGAAGGAGACGAAUGAGACGAAUGAAUGGUAAUGAUGCCUGCUGCUUUGUGGAACUUUUAAAAGUGACAUUGACCAGAAAGCAAAGAUGAGGGUUUCAACAAGUCACCUGCAGCAGCUCACCAUCUUCACCACUAUGCUGACGGGUGGAGGGAUUGGCACCAUGUACUAUCUCCAGCAGAAGCGAUUCAGUGAUUCAGACUACCAUCGACUGGCUCUACAAAAGUUAGAAGAUUGUCCUAUUGCCAUGGAAAGCCUCGGAGCUCCGCCUUUAAAAGUCCACAACAUCCAUCUGAGUGACAGACACAACCGUGUAGAUACGUACACUUCACAGAUAAAGAUUCCUGUGACUGGGUCAAAAGAUGGAGGUUACCUGUACACUUCUUCAAUCAGAGAUCCAGAUACCAACACGUGGAGUCUGAAACAGGCAGUCCUGAGGCUGCGGGAAGGACAGAUCAUCAACCUGCUGAAUCCUUCGUCAGCUGUAGCACUAACUACAGAGGACACACAGGGGCGGGAUACGGGGCACUGGAACUGACUGACUUUGUUUAGCGAUGAAGACGAGAGUUGAAUUCUUCACUUAAUACCCAGACGUGUAUUCCAAAGAAGAAUCAUCGUUUCCAGCACCAUUUUGAAGAGACAACAUGUUAAUGAAUGAAUGGUUAGUCUGUUUUAUUUAAUUAAACUUUAUGAUUCUGUUUUCUACUUUAUUUCCCUUCAGGAUGGAUUGAUUUCGCAUGAAAAAUCAAUUAGCCAUUUCCCCCCUUAGAUAAUAAACAGUACAACUAGUGAAUGGUCAAAAUGAA